AUGGCUGAAAACACACACCACAACCAUAAUGUCACGGGUCGAACAGUCCAAGACCCCAUCGACCUCGAAGACUUGGAUCUGAUCAAUCAAUUUGAAGACACGGAAGACUCUGAAUCCGAUGGAGGCAUGCAACUGGAUGAUGAACCAGCAUACACAGACCCAAACCACCCCUUAUUUAGCUACGAUAACCAAGUACCCUUCCAAGGACUGGGUAAUCGAGAGCGGGAUCGUGGUGGACGUGAUCGUGAUGAAAUGGAAUUCUCAGAGACAGCUCCAACACCAGGCUCCUACGCUGAAAUCACCCCUCCAGAUAUAAACGCAAUGGAGCUAAAUGAGAAUACCUCCUCGUUUCCACAACCACAACAGCCACCACAGCGUCCUCGUCCUCGAACCCGUCUAAGCGAAGAGGAGUACGCUGCAUUGACAGUUUUAAAUGACGAUGAGCUACUAACUAUGUAUGCUCUGAAUUCCCAUCGUACAAUCCCACAAACCCGCCGUCUAUUUCUCGCAAAAUUCAUCGCAGAUGGCGACCGUGAACGAGAAGAAGAGCUCGUUGCCGCGCGCUUCGCUGUCCCCGCCUCAAAGGCUCACCUUGUCGCGGGCCUAUGUGAAAAUCCAGAAGCACGGGCUGAGAAAGCGAUAGGGAUUAAUAAUACGACUGCAUACUUGGUUCCUGCAUCGUGGGAACAGGUUAUUUCUCAUGAUGAUGAUAGUUGGUGGCCACCUGGUCAAAAGAGAAAGGCUACGAGUCAGGGAAAUAUUGCGGUUUCUUCUAGCAGUACGCUGAGAUCGAAGUCUCGGCCUUUUAGGCGGGAGAGUACUGGACCUUAG